UGCGCAUGCCCACUAAGAGGACGCAGCGGCUCCAUGUGUGUCGAGGCGCAUUAUUUGGCAACAGACGCGGCAGCGGGGAGGGCCGAAAAAAAAGAGGAUAUCCCCUGGAUUUAAAAAAAAGCGACGAUUUAUCGAGGUUAACAGCAGAUUAAACAUUCCUCGGCGGAGCAUCGGCGAAGUACGGGAGACAACGCGAGCGAGUAAGUUGACUGAGGUGACGCCGAAGUUUUUCCAGGCAUGUCUGAGGAGGCCGCCCGCCAGACGCGCAGCCGCAAGAGGGCGCUGGGAAAGGAUGGAGCUCCCGAGUCUUUAGAGACGUCCGAUGCUGACGAUGAAAGCAAAAAGCUAAAGCUGGACACCUCUGAACCCACGACGCAGGCACAGACUGAACCUGAACCCGACUACGCACCGGCACGGGAAGAUCAGGGGAAAACUAUGGUGGGACCGGAGAAGGAGCACGAGAAGGAGCACGAGAAGGAGCGCAGCCUGUCGCCUUUAUCUUCAGCGUUACCUUUGGCCUCUGUGCCGGGGGAGGGCGAUCCGGAGCAGGCCCAGGCACAACCGACUGAACCCGGCUCAGACAACGGGACCGACGGCGCCGACCGAGGCGACACAGUGAGCACGGAGCCAGCGGUGGAUACGAGCAGCCAGGUCCGACCGCCGGAGCCCAAGGCCUCCGGCGGCCCGCUGGCUGCAGGAGAGGUGAAAGCCACCAUUAAAGUCGAAGUUCAGACGGAAGAGCAGCCCAUGGACAUGAGCACCUCCAGAGGCAGUAUAAAAAGGGAGAAGCGCCCACCGUCUUCUGACGACGAUGACGUCAUCGUCCUGUCAGAUAAUGACUCCCCCAGUCCUCCGAUGAACGGCUUUAGCCACUUUAAGGAGCUGGACUCAGACCUGCUCAUGAAGAGCAGCCCGGCAGAGAGGGAGAGCAUCAUUAAGCAGCUGAAGGAGGAGCUGAGACUAGAGGAGGCCAAGCUGGUGCUGCUGAAGAAGCUUCGACAGAGCCAGAUACAGAAGGACACGCUCCAGAAGCCCACAGGUCUGUCUGGCUCCUCUGCUCCUCCUCCUCUCAUUCGAGGAACAAUUACAAGCAAUAAAGGCACUCAGCAGAUUUUGACCGGUAAGAGUUCAGGCACAGUCAUCCCUCCCCCGCUGGUGAGAGGAGGGCAGCAGGUGACGUCCAAACACGGCUCCCAGAUUAUAAUGCCGCCUCUGGUGAGAGGGGCGCAGCCCAUCUCUGUAUCUCCACAGCAGAUCCAGGCUCUGCGGCAGCAGCAGCAGCAGCAGCAGUUAGCGGCCUCGGGAGGCUCAGGACCCCCUCCUCUGCUGUUGGGCCCCAGGAACUCGACCCCUGCGAUCCACGGCCAGAGAGGCUCGGUCAACUCAGGCCUCAUCAGGAUCGGCAGUACUGCUAACACGCUGGCCUUGGCCUCCAGCCUGAAGAGCUCCUCCUCGGGAAGCAGCGGCGUGUCUGUGGUUGGCGUGAGUGACUCUCCGGCCAGCCGCCAAGCUGCAGCUAAACUCGCUCUACGGAAACAACUGGAGAAGACCCUCCUGGAGAUCCCCCCACCCAAGCCUCCCGCCCCAGAGUUCAACUUCCUGCCGUCUGCAGCCAAUAAUGAGUUCAUCUACCUGGUGGGACUGGAAGAGGUGGUACAGAAUCUGCUGGAUACACUCAACAGAGGAAAGACGGGUGCAGCACUGUCGAAGAACAUUACCAGGGAGCCCUUCACCUGCACCCAGUGCAAAACCGACUUCACCUGCCGCUGGAGGCACGACAAGACAAAAGGCGGCGCUGUCCUCUGUGAACACUGCAUGUCGUCCAGUCAGAAAAAGGUUUUGAAGGCCGAGCACACCAACCGGCUGAAAGCGGCGUUCGUCAAAGCCCUGCAGCAAGAGCAGGAAAUAGAGCAACGUAUUUUUCAGCAGGCGUCGUCCCCAGUUUCCAACAGCAGUUCCUCGUCCUCUUCGUCGAUGAAAGCAGAGAGGAGUUUGUCUCACCAGCUAAAGCAGGCUCAAGCAAGAGCGUCUUCCUUCCAGCACCUCCAACAGGCCAGUCGAGGGGCCAACAUGGUUCACCACCACUCCAUCAAGCAGAGCUCCCAGGGCCAGCUGUCCCAUGGUGUCUCAUCGUUGGGGGUGAGGGGCGUCCCCCACUCCUUCUCCUCCUCCUCCCAGCUGCAGAGCGCAGUUGCAGCCGCAGCUUUGGUCAGCCGGCCAGGUAAGCAUGCCCACGUUUCCCACCGCUCUGUCCAGAGUUCAAAGGUGAGCAGCAGCGGGAUCGCCGGCGGCAGGAAUAUCAGCGGAGGUAGUGCCUCAUCCACUGCAUGGAAGAAGCAGAGCCACAGCAAUACAGGAGUCACGAUGGCUUACGUGAACCCCAGCCUGACGGGUCACAAGACAUCAGCCGCGGUCGACGCUCGCCAGAGGGAGUACCUGCUGGACAUGAUCCCCUCGCGCUCGUCCAUCUCGCAGACUGCAAACACGUGGAAAUAGUUCCAUAAUAUGGUCAAACCCCGGAGGACUGUUAAGCAAAUACAAUCUCUCAAAUUGAAGAAAUCUUCCUUCCUUACUUUUGUAUGAUUGUUGUUUUAGUGUCAUUAUUUUCUGUUGUUUGUUUUGAGAUUUGCUGUUCUUUGGUAAUUGUGUAGAAACUAUUUUGAUUUAAUUGGAGCAACAACAAAAAAAAAUCGUUGAAAGGCUUCCCACGGGGUUCCUCUGUCCUCCAAAUUAGGUUGUUAAUGAUUGUUUGAUAAGAGGCUAUAUGUACAUUAAGUACUUUUAUAAAAAAAAAAAAAAAUUCUAGUAAGUAAUUUGAUCUGUGCUUAUUAGCCCUUCUGUCAGGACGUGGGUCAAACCGACCUUUUGACACUUGAAUGGUUGAAAUUACACCCAGGAGUUCAACAUUCAACUAAAUAUAUUCAUUUCAAGCUAAUAAACAAUAAUUUAGUUGUAUAAAUUUAAAUACAUCACCCCUAUAGUUAAAGGUUUGAAAUUAUUUUUUAUUUACAGUAAGUUAUUUCUGUUUUUUGCUACAGUUGUUUCCACAAAUGGAAGAGUUUGUUCCAGCUUUUCUUUCCUGUUAAACUCAAAUUCCUCAAGCACGCAGCUGAGGAAGCAUGGUGUCAUUGCUUAAUUCAUCCUUUAAUUACCAACUGUAAUUUGCUUAUUUUAUAUCAAUAUCCACAAUAUGAGAGUAUUUUGGGGGGUUUUGUCAUUGCUGUGGAAAUGCAAGCUGAAUUUUCCACACGAACCAGAGAUGGAGCCUCAGAUUCCUUCAAACACAAUACAUACGACAAGGCCUGAAUGGGUUUAAAGGGAAGAGUCUGGAGAACAUACGAUAUCUUUGUCCUGUAGCCUUCACAAUGUGGCAUAAUCUCUCUGCUUCGCUAUUUUAGCUACAUUGUACAAACUUAUGUUAACGGUUAUUUGGUUUUACUUCUUUCCUAGCUCCUCAAGAAAUAAAAAAAUACAUUGUAAA